AUGAAGGUCUCCACGGUUGCUGGCCUGUUGGCCUUUCUCACUUUGUUGGACACAGCAUGCGCCUUCAUUGGAAUGGGCAUCACCAUGUACAAACCGAUCUGUGCGUUUGGUUGCCGGGCAGCCAUCGCAUCGGCCAUGCUGUCAUGCUCCGACCAUAGCAAGAAGGUCAUGACUAGCCCAAGCUGCCGAGCCGGCGAUACCCCAUUUCUAACGACUCUGGCAUGGUGCAUGAAUGCAACGUGCUCCGGCGGCCAUCACGGCCAAACGAACGACAAGCCCGUACCGGUUUGGAAGUUGGAGAAGUACUGGGCGAGCAAGGCGACUGGCGAUGCCAGCGUGUUGCCUAAGUGGUCUUAUGCCGACGCUUUAGCGGAAAUCAAAGAGCCCCCAACCCAAGAGUGGCGCAAAGGAAAAACACUCAACUUCACUGCGCGGGUGUCUCAUAGUGCAUGGGAUCUCAACGUGAGGACCUUGUCGCAUUUUGAGCUGGCCGAGGAGCGGCACAAUCGAUAUGCCGUCAUUCUGGCAGUUGUAGGCUUUGGAACCCCUAUCUUCUUUACUCUUCUCAACGGCCUGCCAUAUAUGACCGGUUUAUUUGAGAGACUGAAGCCGUAUCUGGUGUACCCGUCAACUGUUGGCACCUAUCACGUUCGAUCAUUGCCUUAUCUCCUCGGCAACCCGCCCACGGUUGGCCAGGGAGCAUAUAUCGCAAUGUUUUUUGUCCUGAAUGUCAUUUUAACCGCGGUCGGAUAUACUAUCAGUCAGCCCAAUACAAUUUUCGACUCCAGCUACCAAGAGGUUAUGGGAUAUGUGUCCGCUCGAACCGGCGCUCUUGCUUUUGGUCUCGCACCACUCGUCUUUCUCUUUGCUGGGCGAAAUAACUUCCUGCUUUGGGUAACCAAUUGGUCACACUCGACCUACAUGCUUCUACAUCGAUGGGUUGCUCGUAUUUUCGCCAUCCAAGUCAUCUUGCACUCCAUCACCGAAUUAGUCGUUUAUAUCGAUAUGGGCAAGUUCGAGGUCGAAACUAAAAAACCUUACUGGGUCUGGGGCAUCGUCGCCACACUCUUUGUGUGUAUUAUGUUGGUGGCAAGCUUAUUGUGGGUACGGCGCUGGUCCUACGAAGUCUUCUUGAUUUCGCACAUUAUAAUGGCGUUAUUUGUCAUUGUUGGCUCUUGGUACCAUAUUGAGCUUCUUUUCACACGGAAGUGGGGUUACGAAUUCUGGAUGUACGCCUGCUGUGCAGUCUGGUUUUUUGACCGAUUGUUACGUGUUCUCCGCAUUGUGAAAAAUGGUAUUCGGUCUUCAAAUGUUACCGAGGUGAGCGAGGAUAUUGUCCGCAUCGAUGUCCCGGACGUCCGGUGGACCGCCGCGCCCGGAAGGCAUACAUACGCCUACUUUCCCUCGCUGAGAAUGUUGAGGCCUUGGGAAAACCACCCUUUCUCCGUCGUCCCCACCGCACUCCUUCGACUACCAGAGCACCGCCUCAGCAAAUCCACUCCUACAAAGGCCCUGUCCUCUGCCUCCUCUUCAAACGGGGAUGUAGAGAAAUCUGGCAUGCCUGCUACCACCACUACCACGCCCAUCCCAGAACCCCAUGGUAGAAGUGAAAGGUAUACCACAAGCGGUAUCACACUGUAUGUUCGCAAAUCAACCGGAAUAACUAGCUAUUUGAAGUCAAAUAAACAGCUCACCACCCUCCUGGAUGGACCAUACCCAAAUAAUCACACAGGGCCUGUUCUUAAAUCCGACCGCUUGAUCCUUAUUGCCGGCGGCAUCGGCAUCGCCGGUAUUCUGCCGUUCGUUGCGUGUCACACAAACGCAAAAUUAUAUUGGAGCGUACGUCAAACCUCUGAGGGACUGGUAAACGAACUACAAACAGUGCUGGACGGGCUACAGGAGAAGGAGGUCCGUGUGGGCAGAAGAUUAGAAAUAGAAAGGUUAUUGGAGCAGGAAGAACAAGAUGGGUGGAAGAAGAUUGGGGUGGUGGUGUGUGGACCUGGGGGAUUAUGUGAUGAUGUGCGGGCGUUAGUAGCAGCUAAAGGGCGGCAGCAACGGGGAGUUUUGUGGGAAUUGGAGGUGGACGCAUUUUCCUGGUAA